UAACUCCCAAGGGCAGGGCAGGGGGUACGACGGCUCUGGAAUGAAUCGGAACGUUUCUGCUUACUGCUGCGCAUGCAGGCAGGCUCCCCCAUGCUGUGGCCAGACUGAGAGGGGAGUGAGUGAGUGGCAGUGCGAGGGGAGCUCCACGCCAUGCUGCAAUGGCGAGAGGCGGAUUUCCAGGAACGAUGCACCUACAUCGUGAAGGACCAGCCGUGCGAAAUGCUCACGCGCCCCGACUUCCCUCGUGCACAAGCCUCCUUACCCCGAAACUUGGCCUUCCAGUGCAACAGCAGCCACAAGGUGGUGGCGGUGCUGAGCCGAGAGUACAUCCCGCCGGGCACGCGCUUCGGGCCGCUGGUCGGGGAGGUGUACACCAAAGAGAACGUGCCAAAGAACGCAGACAGGAAGCACUUCUGGAGAAUUUACACCCCGGGGGGUGAGCUUCACCAUUUCAUCGACGCCCGUGACCCUCGCCGCAGUAACUGGAUGCGCUACGUCAACCCCACCCCUGAUGCCCCGGCCCAGAACCUGGUGGCCUGCCAGAACGGCCUGGAGAUUUACUUCUACACCCUGAAGCCCAUCGUGACAGGUGCCGAGCUCCUGGUAUGGUACAACCACGAGUUCGCCGAGCGCUUGCAGAGCCCACUGCCGGGGGAGCUGGCCGAGGAGCUCGAGCACGAUGGUAUCUGGAAAUCUACCGCAAAAGCCCCCACCACACCGGGGCCUCAGCCACCACACGGGGGCUCGGCCGCCAACCCAAACAUCACAGCUAAGCUCACAAAGAACAAGGAGGAGGCAGAGGACGAUGAAGAUGAGAGCGUUGAUGUGGAGGCGCUGGACAGUGGCCUGCAUUCGAGCCCAGCAGGAUGCCGACACAUGGCGUUGGAUGGGCAGCUCCCCCUGGAAGCCAAGCAGUGGUCCCUGGGUCUUAGCCCUUUCCCCAAUUUCCCUGGCAAAGAAGGGGCGCCCGAGAAGUCCAGCCCUCCACACCAAAGGGGGUCCGCGAGCCCCAGGAACCAGCCAGUCCUCAAUUGCUGCCCGUACGGCCCAACUACCUCGCUGUACAAGGAGCUGCAGCGCUGCCUCAGCAGCCUCUACCCCUCCUGCCCUCUGUAUUUGCCAACGGGCCACCUGCCCCAGCCAUAUCUUUAUGCCUGCGGCACCAUCCCUGCCCACUACCCCCAGUUUGCGCUGCCCCCCCACGCUGCGCCCUUCCUGCCAGCACCGCCCAUGAGCAGGGUGGGGGAAGUCCCUCCCUUGGGGUUGCCUUCACAGGAGCCGCAGGUAUACGCCCGUGCCCGGGGAGAUGGGACAUCUCCAUCCCCAGGCCUCUACGCGACUGUCUUACCUCAUGGAAAACAGGAAGCCCACGAGCUCCAGAAGCCGCAGGAUGUUUUAAUCUCCCUCCAAAGUGGCGCUUUCUCCUUUCCAGGCUUGGACUUUGGACCAAAGCAGUAUUCGUCCCCUGCCGGGGGCACCUCAUAUACCUCUGAAGUUCAGCAACAGAAACCUACCUCCCUGCUGGCCCACCCACUGGAGGCCCUCAACCUCAGCACACCAAAGUUCUGCCCACCGGCUGGCCGCCUGGGCACCACGCCCGUGCCCUACCCUCUGAAGAAGCAGAACGGCAAGAUCAAAUACGAGUGCAACAUCUGCGCCAAGAGCUUCGGGCAGCUCUCCAACCUCAAGGUCCAUCUGCGGGUUCACAGUGGCGAGAGACCUUUCCAGUGCCACAUCUGCAAGAAAUGUUUCACGCAGCUGGCUCACCUGCAGAAGCACCACCUGGUGCAUACAGGCGAGAAGCCUCACGAAUGCCUGGUCUGCCACAAGCGCUUCAGCAGCACCAGCAACCUGAAGACCCACCUGCGGCUGCACUCGGGCGAGCGGCCGUACCAGUGCCGCUUGUGCCACUGCCGCUUCACCCAGUACGUCCACCUCAAGCUGCACAAGCGGCUGCACGAGCGCAAGCGCCCGCACCGCUGCCCCAGCUGCCCCAAGACCUACAUCCACCCCUUCAGCCUGGCGCUGCACCGCCGCGGCUACUGCCCGCUGGCCCCCGGCGCCGCCGGCCCCCCCGCCCAGCUCGGCCACUUCAACGCCAUGAUCGACCACUUCGACUUCAGCCUGGACACCGAGCGCCUGGAGGGGGAAGGGGCCGGCCCCGCCCGGGCUCCCGGGCUCCUGGAGAAUCUCAUCCUGAGGGAGCUGGAGACAAGCAGGCGUGGGCAGCUCCCCAGGGACAAGGGCCCCUGCUCGCCUGGCCUCCACAAACAGCUGCCGCUCCAGCCCCUGCCCCUGCCCCUGCCCCACUACAGUGUCUCUGUCAAGCAGGAAGCCUUCCCACUGCAGCCGGCCUGA